GAGCUUGUCCUUCCUCACACUCCCUCACUCCUAAAAGCGGCUGCUCUUCGCUAGUAGCUACACCUCAAUACCUCUCUACCAGACAGCCUUAACACAGCUUUACACGUUUAUUUUUAGUUUCUUGGUUAUCUUCCCGGUCGCGUUUUUACAUGGACUACACGCUGCUUACGACAAAGCGAGCUGAAUUCAAAAGUGUUUUGGCCGGGCGAAGAGAGGCUACAGCAGGCUAAUCUGCGUUUGCUAACAGGCUUCAGAUCAGACCGAUCGUUCGAAACAUCAGUGUUUUAUAAACGGCACAGACAUGGAGUUCAACGUAAGACGGCUAGCAGCGGACGCGGGCACUUUCCUCAGUCGUGCUGUCCAGUUCACAGAGGAGAAGUUUGGGCAGGCAGAGAAGACCGAGCUGGACGCCCAUCUAGAGAUCCUUUUGAGUAGGGCAGAAUCCACCAAGCACUGGACAGAGAAGAUCAUGAAGCAGACAGAAGUUUUGCUGCAGCCGAACCCUAAUGUCCGGAUGGAGGAGUUCCUUUACGAGAUGCUGGACAAAAAAGUCCCAAUGCGUGCCAACAACCACGAGUUACUGGGGGAGUGCAUGAUCGACUCUGGCCACGAGUUUGGACCUGGAACAGCAUACGGUAGUGCUCUCAUUAAAUGUGGGGAGACUGAGAAGCUGUUAGGCAGUGCAGAAAAAGAGUUCAUUCAGAGCUCCGCCAUUAAUUUCCUCACUCCCUUUAGGAACUUCAUCGAGGGAGAUUUUAAAACCAUAUCGAAAGAACGCAAACUGCUUCAGAAUAAGCGUCUAGAUCUGGAUGCUGCCAAAAACCGAAUGAAGAAGGCCAGGGUGGCUGACGCUCGAUCUGCAGAGCUGAACUCAAGCCCUCCGCUGGGAGAGGAGUAUGUGGCUCACUUUUCUUACAUGCUCGGCUUCUUGCAUGUCAGGUGGCUAAAGCUGUGGGCUGAGGAGGUAAAGCAGGCAGAGACGGAACUGAGGAUAGCACAGAGUGAGUUUGACCGGCAGGCUGAGAUCACCAGACUUCUGCUGGAGGGCAUCAGCAGCACUCAUGCUCAUCACUUGCGCUGUCUGAAUGACUUUGUGGACGCCCAAGCCUCAUAUUACGCCCAGUGCUACCAGUACAUGGUCAAUCUUCAGAAACAGCUGGGAAGCUUUCCAUCUACGUUCUCUAACAACAAUCAGCCGUCCGGCGGCUCCUCCGCCAGCAUCUCUGUUCCCACGGCACAGCCGGCCGCCUCACUGCCCGCCCCGCCGCCCAGCCAGACGUCACCCGCGCUCAACGAGCUCCGCAGCACCUCAGGCACCCGCAAGGCCCGUGUGCUCUACGACUACGACGCCGCCAGCAGCAGCGAGCUCUCUCUACUCGCCGACGAGGUGAUCACGGUGAGCAGCGUGCCAGGCAUGGACUCUGAUUGGCUGAUGGGGCAAAGGGGGAAUCAGAAAGGCAAAGUGCCAAUUACCUACUUGGAGCUGCUCAAUUAAGGUCAGCGAGAAGUACAACAAAAACAAAUUCACAUUGUAGAUGUGAUUUGACAAGAGUAACACUCCAGAUGUGAUCCGAGAGUUUAAUGUAGCGCAAAGCAAUAUAAAAGUCUUCUACACUGCCAUGUCCUGUUGUGUGAACGUCUCCUCUGCCAUGCGAGGGUGUCAUAGUAGCCUUACAGUAAAGAAAAGCAGGCUGAGAUUGCCAACUAUUCAUCAGUUACGUGCCAACGGAUUUUUUUUUUUUUACUGCUAAACUAAUUGAUUGUGCUAUACUGUGCUAUGAUGCUCUAAUAAAUAUUAUAUGAACCUGG